AAGAUGUCUUCAUGUGAAAUGUGUGUUCCGAGUUUAAACAAAUUGUGCGUGUAAUCGUGCGGAGUUUGCAAAGUGUAUGAACUAACAUGGGACAACUUUCACUCUGUACUCGCAGAUGAACCAACGAAUAUAAAAAUCGUCUGCAGUUUGCACAUUCACAAUGAUAGCUAGAAGUCCUUCCCGUCGAAGACGCGCUUCGCGCAGUGGCGGAUCGUCUCCACAGCCGGUUCGCUCGACCCGUGUUCCGACCUCUCCAGCAGUGAGCCCAGGGCGCAGAGCAAGUAUCGCCGUUUCCCCAGUAGACAGCGAACGCAUCCAGCGUCACAUGCUUGCUCCAGAAAUGAUGAGUCGAAGCCCGCGGCAUUCUAUCAUUCCCGAUAUAUCCCUAGAAUCUCGCAGCAAUUCCUCAACCGAAGACAUUGACGUGCCUAUUGCGCGCAGCCACUCUCCACGAAACAGCUUGGUCCCAGAUAGUUCACGAAGUCCUAGACAUUCCCUAGUGCCGGGUGACUAUUCUCGCAGCCCCAGAAAUAGUCUAGUUCCCGAUGGACACUACAAUCGCAGUCCUAGGAACAGUCUUGUGCCUGAGGUGUCAAAAAGUCCAAGACAUAGUCUAGUUCCAGAUCAAACGUCAAUGAGUCGAAGUCCGAGGCAUAGUCUAGUGCCAGAUGGAAAUGGGUCAAGAUUGAAUUUGGAUUUUAACCGGAGUCCAAGAAACAGUCUACUGCCAGAUGGCACAAGAGAGGCAAGAAACUCCAGGUUAAACGAAGACCAGAUGAAUUGGGGAUCUGGUAGUCCCGAUGAAAUUGUAAACAUGAACAGGAGUCCCCGGCAUAGUAUAGUACCAGAUGGAAAUAGAAGUCCACGUGGGAGUAUAGCUGUUGAUCGGGAUAGAACAGACAGAACAAGCCCAAGAGGGUCCAUUGCCAACGAGUACAUCGAUCGCAGUCCAAGAGGCAGUAUUGCAGGCGACGGCCGAAAUCAUAGAGAACCAUUGAGCAGCCUGAACAAAAACAAUAAAUUUGACAGAUCCAACGAUAUGCUCGAUAGAAAUGACAGGAGUCCAAGGGGGAGUUUGACCUUGACCUUUCAAGACCCACCCUCUAAAUAUCCAAGGAGAUAUAGUACUGAUUAUGGACAAAAAGGACGCAGCGCUUCUCCUUACAGGUCCUCUCGAGGGAACCUCAAUCAAGGGUACAACCAGAGCCAAACCACAUGCAACGAAAGCGGUUCACGGAGAGCGAGCAGCUCGGUUAGUCAGGUGUCUGGUGAUGAACAAAAACGUUUGUUUUCGGAAAAGAAUUAUGGUGACGGCGAAGCUGGUCUUGGAAUCGGACUCACCCUAACAACCUACGGAUCAGUGGCGUAUCAGCUCAAAGACGCCAAUUUGGAAGCCAACGAUACAUGCGACUUCAUCUUCAAAGCACUGCAGAUUUUCAACAAAACAGUUGUGGUUACCGUGGUACUGGUCUUCUUAUCAACUCUGCCAUUGCUAAUGCUUAUCAUGGGAGCACAAUUCCUGCGUGAUUGUCCCCGCGAACAAUACAUCCCCAUCUACAUGUUGGUAGGUGGUACGGUGGGAUGUUUAAAGAUGGCGUGGAUUCUCUGGGACCAACUGUACACUCGUCGGCUAGCCGCAGCGGGAGCCACAAACAGCUCCAACAUAGGAUCCCGUAUCCUAUCCCUUGCGCUAACCAUCUUCCUUCUCGUAUGGUUCGCUCUGGGUAACUACUGGAUUCUUCGCAUCAAGUGGCCCGACUACGCUCCCACACUCUUCGAACCAAAUCGUUGGUGCCAUCGUACUCUCUACGUCUUCGCUAUUGUGCAUCUGUUCAUAAUUUACGCGAUUGCCGGCGUGGUUGUUUUGCUGGUAAUUAUCCUCGCCGGAUGUCAAGCGUUUGGCUGCCCAUGGCUCGGACCUGCCGGCUCAUACAAAUAGCGAAUGCGCUAUGAGAAAACCCAAGGUGCUAGCGAUAGCAGUCUACCGGAGAACUUCGAGUUGUGGGAUAUGCCGAGAGGAUAUCAUUGAACCAGGUGAGGAGACAAAUGCGCUACAACUAGCUUCUGGCUAGAUUUGAAAAGUCUGACGAGGUACUUCCAAUUUGACGUUUUAUAUUGAGACCAGCAUUAAAUACUAACAACGCGAUCAAGCAAAAACUUUUAAAUACUUUAAAAUGCAUUAUUGAUUGCACUGCGUCAAUGUAAAUGUACUGUA